AGUGAACAACAGAGUCAUGGCUGCUGCAAAUCCCGAGGGAAGAGGCUACCAGCACAUCGAGCGGUGCAUACCGGGUCGCGGAGUUCGGCUGGACACCGGGACGACGGUCGGCAUCUACGAGGGCUGCAUCUGUCGCGACGAGGUAAACUGCUCCAGCCUCGAGUGUAGCUGCAUGUGCUCGUGGGCAUACGACUCGGACGGCCGUCUAAAGGUGGAAUACUUCGCCUCGGCGUCUAAACCGGUGUUCGAGUGCAACUCGAAGUGCCGCUGUGCCACCACAUGUCCGAACCGCGUGACUCAAAACCAACGGCUCACAACACUGAGGGUGUUCGAGACGGAUUCAAAGUCCAAGGGCUACGGAGUGGGGUGCACUCAUUUCAUAGCACGAGGUACGUUCGUGGGUGAGUACGUGGGCCAGAUAAUAUCCAGAUCCGACGCAAAGACGAAGGCUGGAAAAGUUGUCACCACGUGACCCCUGCUAUAUCGUCACGUACAAGGAGCACUUGAGUAAAGGUCCAGUGCUAACUACAAACCAUCGAUGCCACGUAUGCGGGGAACGUUACCCGUUUUCAUUAACCACUCUUGUAGUCCCAACCUAACAAUGAUUCCCGUCAGGAUUGACUCGAUUGUGCCGAGGCUGUGCCUGUUUGCACGCAAGGACAUUGAGAGCGGUACGGAGCUGUGCUUCAGUUAUUUCGGGUGCAGCAGUGUGGAUCUGGUGGACAAGAAGGCUGUCGUUUUGGGCAAAAAACAGUGCCUUUGUGGCUCGAAAUACUGCCUCGGAUUUUUACCGCUUCAGAAUUGAGAGCGGCGCGCGCUGAUGUGCGGCCUUUUUAUCGCGUGCGCCCACGUGAUCACUCACGAUCCGCCAUUUUUAACCUUUGUCGACCAAAGAGACGGAGUUUUACCUGUUUGUCGCUGGAUUUCUGCGAAGACCUCUUCGCGCGCCUUUUCCAACCCGUCGCCUCUUUUCCAGGCCGGAACUCGUUCUAAGUCGAACAGACGGUGGCCGCAGCGAGGAAAUGUCGGCGGAAAGUGACGCCAGCAACAACGCAAUCCUGCGGAGCCUGCUGGAACUGGCGGGCGAGGAGAACGCGCAGCUGACAGGCGGGAGCGGAGGGGUAAACUCGGAAAAUGUCGCACAGCUGCUAGCCGCCGCUAUAGCUCAGGUCGGGCAGAGCAUUCUGGCUGGAUCGGGGCAGUCCGCAAGGGGCGUUGGUGGUCCAGAGGGCGGGGUUGCUGCAGGAGAAACCGCGGCUCUCAACCAAACUUCGAGCUCGUCCAGCGAAAAUUUACCGGUUAACCCUGAGAGUGCCGUUUCGACCGCGAGCGGUGACGCAGCCGUUUUCGACCUGCGCGAGGCUUACGAAUCCGUUCCGCAAGCGUCGACGUUGGCAAUCACGGACGCAGACGUCGUUUCGACCGUAGAAGUCCCCGCAAACGGAACUAAACCGCGUCCCCUCUGCGUGAAAUUCCCGAUCGAGCUACGCAAGCGGAUAAUCUCCAUGCGCAAGAGUGGAAGAUUGAGCAAGGACAUUGCCAAGGAGCUGAAAGUAUCUGUCAGUGGAGUGCAGAAGGUCUGGGAGAGAUUCCUGGCCACGGGGAUGGCGCACGAUCGCAAGCCGAGUUCGUACGCCGGUCGACCUCGAAAGAGCACCUAUUCACAAGAAGUUUACUCACCCGGAUUUGAUUUGCAACCAUUGGAUGAUGUCUUCUCAGCUUCCCAUAUAGAAUAUGUGGCCACACCCACAUCUGCCACGCCCACCACUAGUGGGAUUCCCCCAAACAGUGACGUCAUCAUUACAGACGAGAGCGAGGUGUUCACCGAGGGGGCCACAGUGGAAAUCGUCGAGACGACCCCCCUCUCGGUUCCCCCACCAAAAUCCCCCAAGAAAAAGGGGGCACCCGCUUACAGAGGCAAACUUCUUCACAAACUGGUAGAAGAGUGUCCGCUAGCCACACUGAGGGAUAGACCAGACGGAGUGACCAAUCCUCACGUACAGAAUCUAAUGGUGUCAGUUACCAGACCUCUCUACUUGGAAUAUGUGUUGGGUCAUCCGUUUGGGAAGGUGCCUCCGUCGAGAGCGUUUGACGGGUGCACUCCGACCGAGGCUGAGGUCAUUCUCACCGACCCUGCGAACCCUGUGGGGAAGACACUGCUAGCCGCUCUUGGCUAUAGUACGAAGGUCUACUUCAACGCUUGUUGCAGGCCGAGUCCUCUCUUUGACGAGACCCUUCUCCUCUCCUCCCUCCCCAUCUCACUCGGCCCCUCCCACCUCGCCGACGCCAUGAGAAACAUCAUCCAGCUGCUCGUGGAUUUCUGCGUUAACCCCGAAGAGGCUCUGAACAAACUACCGACUGCCGCAGGUCCUCUGAUAGUGGCAAAGAGAGGAGACGUGAUCGUGUCCUCCCACUCCAUCCCUGCCCCGGGGAAGCUGUCAGAGUUCUGGAUCCAGCUCUACAAUCACAUCUCCCUCCUCCAGUGCUGCGAGAACUUUGUCUCAGCCCACCCUCCCUCUGCCCCCUGUCUCCUCUGUCAUCCGUUUGAGAGAUUUGCACAGAGUCUCGAGAUACUGGAACCUGAGGAGGAGGAGGAAGAAGAAGUUCUUCUGUCUCCCCUCCCUCUCUCUCACUCCAGCGACGCUCAUUUGACCUCCGACCUCCACCUCCACGAAUCGCAAGAGGUCGAAGUUCAAGUCUUGGAGUCCGGAACGUCUGGUCUGACGUCUGAGGCACCACUCCAGCAGCGACCGCGGGGGAGGGGUAAGGGGCGAAAGUCGUCGAAACAGAGCGAAAAACAGCCACAGUCGCCUUACUCGGUGUACGAAGAACAAAGCGUGGUGAGCGACGGGGAAUUUGAAAUUCCUCCGCUAAUCGAGGAACAUCCGGGUUCAGAGGUCAUCGUGUCUCAUUCCGGGUACUUUGGAAUGGAUUCGGACCAGGUCGAGGCCAGCGAGGCUGCCCAGAACCUUGCACUGCUUGCUUCACAAUCAGUAGCUACCUGCUCUUCACUUCCCGAUAUUUCACAUCAUCAUCAUCAUGACAAUAUGACAGACGGUCCUCCCGCUGCGUGGGAAGUGACAGUCUCACUUGUCAAUUCGGUUCCUGCUUCUUCAUCGCUAGCGUCUUGGGGACAGUCUUCAUCAACAGUUGCUACCGGUCCUUCGUCACCAUCUGCUGAACAAAAAGUGUCUUCUGAGAUAGUGGCCGUGGCAAUGUCUUCGGUGCACGAAUCAGGCAAUAGCCUGACUACUGGUGUACUGCCGUCUUCGAAUGUCGCCGAAGUUUCGAUAGUGGGCGUAGGUACGCAGACAGAACCUCGACCGACUACCCACGACACAGCAGGACUUGCUAGCAUUGUGCACACGCCCCACACCGCUCGUAAAUCAACCCCCGAGUCUCUGCGGAGGAGUAGACGGAAAAUAACUCGAGUGAGGAGACUAGUGAGCGAAGAAUAUUUUUCUCCUGACAAUGAUGGAGUUUCAGACACUAACGCAAGACCCUCGGCUAAAAGGAGAGAAGUCCUCGCUGAUUGUAGAGUGGGUGUUGGUGAUGUAUGGUCUGUACCUGAGGAUGGUGGUCUGUCUCUUCCACCAGCUAAGAGGACUCGAAGCAAGGUUGUGGGUAGGACGACCGAAAUGCCAGUUGUUGGAGAGGGUGACGAAGGGUGUGUGGUUUGCGAGAGUGGGUGGGGUCACCCAACAGAGUGGGGCGUGGCAGAGGUGGGGCAGUUUAUUGCAGGGAUUCCCCACUGCUCUGGGUUCAAGGACGUCUUUGUGGAACAUUUGGUGGAUGGAGAGACUCUGCUGUCUCUGGAUCCUCAGAUGAUGGUGAAGUUGAUGGACCUCAAGACAGGACCUGCUCUCAGGAUACACCGCUACAUCUCCUCUCUCAAGAAACACUUCUCCUUAUCUUGACUCUGUUUGUGUGUAUAAUUUAUCAUCACACUGGUUAUACACUUAUGCUGCACUAAAAAAGCAUGAAAUGAGCAUAAGCCAAUGUUUAUUUUCAGGUUUACUUGUAGUGUGCCCAGAGUUGCACCAUUGUCUCUGCAGAAUUCACAAUGGGUGUCUCAAGUUACUUUUGGGUGGCCAGCCUUAAAACUACUCAAAUUUUAGGAAUGAGAGUAAUGGACCUGACUGUAGGAGUGACCUCACCCUCAGUACUCAAGACUGGACCUGCUCUCAGG